UUUUAUUGCUGAGUACUUUUUAGAGUAAAGCAGAGCAGUCUCAAGAGGUUGAGAGUGUACAAUGACCAAAGGGACCAUUGUACUGAUCUAUAUUUCAGGUAAGAUGCAUUCCAUUUCUAAAACAAAACAGUUUUCAGAGGGUGUGUCUUGUGUAGCUGGUUGACAGGCCCGCUGGUUUGACUCUUACAUGACAGCAGUGUUACAUCUUCGUUCUUCAUCAGAAAGCCAUUUAAGAUGUAAGACUCCUGGAGCCAGGUUGCUUUAAUUAUAUAUUAAUAACCUCACAGGCAGACCAGCAUGUCACAUCUCUCAGGGCCAGAGAUAGGACUCAGGUCCCAUUCUUCUGGCCAGUAACUGAUCUUGCAGAUCCAGCCUUUGGUUUUCAGUCUGUUGAUUAUUAAGGGAAAGGUCCAGCUCCAGUUUUAUCAAGCCUGUUUAUCUAGCUAUACAGCACUGUCAAUGAGUUAUACACAAACUGGCCAGCAUCCUACUAAUCACAUCUUUCCUCUGAAGUAACCACUCCUGACUAUAGUUUCAUCUACAUAGUUUUCAAACAUACAUAUUAUUUUCUUUUUUGUCUGACUUCUUCCACAUUAUGUGUGUAGGAAUAAUCCAUUGUGGGUUCUGGCAUUUUUAUGGGGUCUUAGAAUUCAGGCUGAUCUUGAACUUGAUAGACAUCGAUGACCUUCAACUUUUGAUCCUCCUGUCUCUUACCUCCUGAGUGCUAGGAUUCCCAGUGUGUGUCGUCAUGCCCAUUUUAAGUGCAUGCAAGGUAAAGCACUGCCAACUGAGCUCCAUGGUCAGCCCAGAGCUUCAUUACUUUUGAGUGCUACUGAUGGUGGGCUAUGCCAUUUUUAUUCAUUGAACUGUUAAUGGACAUUUGGUUUAUUUUCACCAACCCUUUCAAAAUGGUGGGACGUAGAUGUGAUGGCGUGUGCCUUCAAUUGGGAGGCAGAAGAUCUCUCUUAAGGCUAGCCUAGUCUAUAUGACAAUUCCAGGUCAGCCAGGAAUACAAAGUGAGCAGUUUCAAAAAAGCUAGAAUGUUGGGGCUGGAGAGGUGGCUCAGAGGUUAAGAGCACUGCUUGCUCUUCCAAAGGUCCUGAGUUCAAUUCCCAGCAACCACAUGGUGGCUUACGACCAUCUGUAAUGAGAUCUGGUGCCCUCUUCUGGCCUGCAGAGAUACAUGCAGACAGAGCACUGUAUACAUAAUAAAUAAAUAAAUCUUUAAAAAAAAAAAACAAAAAAGCUAGAAUGUCAUCUUAAAAAGUGCAAAGUGGGGCUGGAGGUGUAGCUCAAUUGGUAGAAUGCUUCCCUAGAAUCCAUGAAGCCUUGGGUUGAACCCCUAGCACCACAAAUUGGUGAGAUUAUAGGUGUGAUUCCAGCACACAGGAAGUAGAGGAGGGCAGAUUAUGAGUUCAUGGUCAUCCUUAGCUAUAUCAAAUAACAUGAGGUAUGUGAGACUCUGGAAGGAAAAAAAAAGGGAAAAUACUUCCCUGCCUUACCCUUUGAUAAGUAACAACUGUUAUUCCAACCUCAGGAAAUAUUAAGAAAUGUCAAAUAAAAAACAGGCAAAACAGUCAAGGAGUAUGUUUAAAAGGUGAAAGUUAUUUUUCUAUUAAGCCAAUAAAUUUGCAGAUAACAGUAAAAAUUUAGGGUGGAAGAUAUUUUAUUUAGAAAAUUAUAAUGUGUUUAGUUCAACAGGUUUAUUUUUAAAAUUAUAUGCAAUUUACCAAAUCUAUAACUUACCAUUUUGAAAUAGAGGCAAUUAAGGAUUAUGUCCAACAAAAUAAAAGUAUUUCAUUUUCAAGUUACGAACAAUAAGACAAGACAAAAGAGAAUGAAUAAGAGAAGAAAAUCCAACCAUAUAACAACCUGACUGGUUUUACAUUGAAUCAAUGACCACAAAACAGGCAUCCUAGAGUGAUCCUUGUACACUUCUUAGUGGCUUGCAAUCUUAAGCACAGAACCAGUGAUAUAGGAAAGUUGGAGUCCCCUUUUGGGGCUCUUAAUCUUAUUAACACAAGAAUUAAAGAAUGUACUCAAAUGAAGCUCAAGGAAAGUUUUAUUAGAGGUUAAAAGAAAAAACCCAGGGCAGGCAGGUUGUCAAGCUCAGCAGCUGCCUGAAUAAUAGAGAAGAGGGGGGAAAAGCUGUGCCAUUUAAGCUGGCAUAAACACACGGUGGACAAGCAAGCCAUAUGUUGGGGAGGGAAGCUUUAGAGAAAGUAGAGAAGCUUCAAAUGUGGGGGGAAAUCCCACCUAUUAAGGAAAGCAUGCUUAGAGAAGGGAGAAAGAAGAAAAAUAGGCAGGCUUACUCAACAGCACUAGGGGCAGGGAUCUGGCAAGGUUAAGUGCAGAAUCUUGUUCUACCUACCCCUUUAUCAUGUCUUCAGGUGACCCUGCCUUCCUAGGGGUAGGCUGUUGGCUAGGAGAUUGACUGAUGUGGCCCAAUUGGAUGGUUAGGUCUUCACCAAAGCUAGAUAAGCUAUUCUUUGGACCACAAAGUUUUUUUCUUAAUGGGCCUUUACUGCAUACUAACACCACUUUUAACUUUCUCUUCCAGCAUCCUCAGUCCUACAACCUGCCCCCAGUUUAAGUUGUUCCCACCCCUUCCAAGUCUCUACCCUGUUGUGAGUAGAUCUCUCGCCUUUGCAUUACAUACAUACAUAUAUCUAAUGGUCAAGCCAGUCGUUCAAUUUAGAAACCGUGCUCAAACCCCACCCAGUUCUUACAGCCACUCUCACUGAGCUGUAGCUCUUGCACUACAAACAUCUUGAAUCCUACCACUCUCAGCUUCUCUGCCACCACCUUCCCCCAAGCUACCACCUCUUUGCUCACCAGCAACAGCCUCGUAAUUGGUUUGUUUUGAAUUGUUGCCCUUCUCCAGCUCUUAAAAUAGGUAGAAUUACCCUUUAAAAAUAUUGGUUAAUGCUUGAAAUGGCUCACUGGUCUCCCAUUGAACUUCAUCCAAACUAAUUACUUGACUUGACUCCUUCAAUCUUUACUUGAUGUCCUUCUCCUGACUGCGCUCCACCACCACGGCCUGGACCUUUUCUGCUGGCUGUACUUUCAAACACAAGCUGCUGCUGUAACACAUUCCUGGUACCUGGAAUGCUCCUCCUCACCUUCAUUCACUCCAUCCUCUUUAUCUUUACAGUGGACUACAGAGAGAGAUUACCUAGUCUCAGUACCUUUCAAAAUGUUAAUAGGCCACUAUUCUGGUGUUUCUAGUAUAGAGCUACUACUCUGAAGCUAAUUUAGGUAGUUUCUAGGUCCAUUUAAUUCAACAUUUCCUAAAUAAUCUGUGAAAUACAAACGUGCUGGGGCUACUGGGUUCAGUAAGAUGCCGCCUUUAACAGCACCUCAGUUCAGAUGAGGCACACAAAUACUAUAGCAUAUAAUUACUUACAGAACUAAGUACAGAAUUGCACAGGGACAAAAAAGGUUGACGCCUUAGCUGGAGAAGGUAAGUAAAGCUUGGCAGAAGAGAACACAUAAGAUACAUCUUAAGGUUAGACAGGAUGUCAGGGGAUGGGCAUCCCAGGUCAUCCCAGCCUAUUUGAGCAAUUAUGGAAGUUUGACAAGCAGGGAAAGAUGGUGAAGCACAGAAGUACUUGUUCCUUGGGCUGUAUAGACCACCACAAACAAUUUGGAUUUUAUUCAGUAUAGGGGUACCCCCUGACGUCUAUAAGCCUUUAAGCAAGGAGCUGGCAAUGUUUCUAUGGGGGACAGAAAGCUGGAAACUAGGGCUGACAACGAGUUGCUGGGUAGGAAACUGUGAGGACUUGAACGAGAAUGGUGAUGAGAGAAUAACCGAAAGCUAUUCUUUUUAUCCCAUAAGAUUAACCUAAGUCUUGAGGAAGGGGGAAAAAAAUCCUAGGAGCAAGCAAGAUUGCUCAGCUGUUAAAACACUUGGCACAGGGUGGAAGGAGAGAACCCACUCCCACAAAUUGUUCUCUGACCUACAUAGGUGUGUAUUUCGCCUGCGUAUUUAUUUGCAUGUUCACGACGUGUGUGCCUGGUGCCAAUCCCCUGGAGUUACAGAUUGUUGUGAGCUGCCAUGUGGGUGCUGAGAAUUGAACCUGGGUCCUCUCUGCAAGAUCAAAAGUGCUCUUAACCGCUGAGUUAAGUCCCUCCCCCCCCCUUUUUUUUUAAAUCUCAGUGAUACAAAGGUUUUGGGUUUAAGUGGUUGCUGAAUACUUAAUCCAUACACCUGAUAACUCGGAAGGCAAGCCCAUGUAUGUAGAAGUAAGAGCUAGGAAAUCAUGGUAUGUGGGCUCAAGAAUUAAAGUGUUGCAGAAAUGGCGGGCAUUAAAUGGAUCCCUCAGGGAAGCAAUAUUUAAGGGGACAGAAAAUAGUCUACAAGGGAGAAUGCGCUCGACUGAAAACUACAGAGGGGCAAGGACGUAAAACCUCUCCAGCAUGAAACUCUGCAGCAGCUCGCAAAUUUCAGCACAGCACACGACACUGCUUCUGCUUUCUCAACUGGGAAGGAAUGAGCGCUUGUUCUCUACUAGAAGACGGCCACCGGGAUUCUGAAUCUGAUCCCGUUUGUACAAAAUUACACCUCUGCGGCCGCUCUUUAAAGAAAAAAACCAAAAACGUGUUGCCAGGAACUAGAGCUUUCCCACGUUUCCUUUAGGUUUCCGAACCCAACAGCAGAAAAACGACGGACAAAUGAACCGCACCGACCACUACCACACCAGCUGCUUAAGCAUGGCUCCCCAACAAGCGCCCUUUCUUCCGGCCAAAGCGCAGCGGGCCCACCCACUUCCGCACCGGUGGCCACGCCCCAGCGCCUCGCCUAGCCUCAGCCAAUGGUCGGCUUCCCUGGGAACGUUACCUUCGGCUAAUCAGAGACCACGAGCGCACUCCUCGCGAGAGGUGAGGUUGAAGCUGCCUCCGCCAUCUUGAAGAUGGGAGACGGGCGAAAGCUGUGGUCUUUCUGCUAAAGCAAACACCACAACGGACAGGGUAGUCACCCCCACAGUGAGGUCAUCGUCCCUGUAACUGCUGACCCAAGCCACCGAAAGCAGCGAGCGUGUCGAAGCCGAGCGCAGCGGACCCCGAGAGCCCUCCCCCCCCCCCCCUUCCACCUGCUUCCCGGGCAGAAGGGAAGUGUGGAGGGCCGGAAGGAUGGUGCAGUCCUGUUCCGCCUACGGCUGCAAGAACCGGUACGAUAAGGACAAGCCCGUCUCUUUCCACAAGUUUCCUCUGACUCGUCCCAGUCUUUGUAAACAGUGGGAGGCAGCUGUUAGAAGAAAAAACUUCAAGCCCACUAAGUACAGCAGUAUUUGUUCAGAGCACUUUACUCCAGACUGCUUUAAGAGAGAGUGCAACAACAAGCUACUGAAGGAGAAUGCUGUACCCACUAUAUUUCUUUGUACGGAGCCACAUGACAAGAAGGAAGACCUGGAACCCCAAGAACAGCUUCCCUCUCCUCCUUCACCCCCCACUUCCCAGGUUGAUGCCGCUAUCGGGCUGCUGAUGCCUCCUCUCCAGACGCCUGAUAACCUCUCGGUGUUCUGUGACCACAAUUACACUGUGGAGGACACAAUGCACCAGAGGAAGAGGAUUCACCAGCUGGAGCAGCAGGUGGAAAAACUCAGGAAGAAACUCAAGACUGCCCAGCAGCGAUGCCGGAGGCAGGAGAGACAGCUGGAGAAGCUCAAGGAGGUUGUGCAUUUCCAGAGAGAGAAAGAUGAUGCCUCAGAGAGGGGCUAUGUAGUUCUCCCACAUGACUACUUCGAAAUUGUUGAAGUACCAGCAUGACGGGACAAGACUACAUGCUGUCUUUUAGCCUACACACAGGAGUUCAUUUGAAAAACUAGCACUUGAUUACUUGUAUAAAAAAAUCAGAAUAUUUUUUUAAAAUAAAGUAGUUAUAUACUGUAAAAUUGUAAUUUUUUUGUUUGUAAUUUCAGAGUUUUUACAUUUUAACAAAAUAUUUAAAAAAAAAACCCUUAGACCACCAGUAUGAUGUUGUAUAUUGUUUUCAAGAUGGUGGAUUGUUUUUCAUUUGAGUAUUUAUAGAAAUAAUGUAAAAAUGAAAAGUAGAGAGGAUAAUGGUUCAGUAAAGAUGAUUUAAGUUUCAAAGUUAAAAUUAAUGUCCUUUAUUGAGAGAACUUAUUUAAAUCAGAAGUGUAAGUGAGAUCAUAGGACAGCCUCUCAGAAUAUAGAGAUGUACAUACACAUUUGUAUUUAUAGUCAGAGCUUCAUUUAUUUUUCUCAAUCACUUGUCAAAAAUGAAAUGUCAAGUCAAUAUUUGAGGAAAACUAUUUUGCUGUCUUCAGAAGAGUCAUUCCAUAUUUAAUCACUAACUUCAUAAAGUGGAUUUUAAAGUAGGUCCUUUUUGUCCAUAGCUUUAUAAAAUUGGAGGUGUGUCUUGGGGAAUGAAGGCCUCCAAGAGAGGUAUUGCUAGCAGUGAAGUGAAAGUUGGGCUGCUGAGCUGCUCCCCUCGGGGCACUGCUUCUCAUGCAAGCCUGGCCACCUGAGUCUAACCCUGGGACCCAAGUAAAGGUGGAGAGAACCACCUCCACAGGGUUGUCUCCAGACCUCCACAUGUGUACGUGUGCACACUUUCAGAAAAUGAAAUUGGGACCUGGUUCCUCAUGUGCUCUCAUUAUCCCCUACCUAAAGGCAUUGAAUUCUACAGAUGUAGUUAAUCUGCAUUCAAACUUCCAACAUUCAAACUUCUAACAUAGAGUUUGGUUUGUAUCAGAAUAUGGUAACUUUUCCCUUACCUGUUCAAUUUUGGUCAAGCCAUUGCAUAAAAAUUAUUUUUUUCACUAAAGUUAGAAAUUAUAUCUAAUUUACUUCAAGUGACUUAUGUUCAAAAGUAAUGUGCUGUGUUUAUGUCCAAAAGUGUUGAGACUUAAAUAUUGCAGUUUCUGUUCAUACUGUGGAUUGUGUUCUGACUUUGUGAGAAAGCUUACAUAAAUUUGAAAUGAAAAGAUGUUCUGAGUAGACAGAUAUUGAUAAAAUAAUUCUCUAUUUAGGUUUAGGAGAAGCAUAUUUUAUAUUUCAGAGUACACUGUAGUUGAGGAGUAGCAGACCUUUUAAGACAGUAUUAAAGAUAUGCUAUUCAAGUA